GGAAUAGCAGCCAGGCUCUCUCUCUCUCAGUGCUAACCCCCGCGCACACGAGGCGAGAGAAAGAGUCGGAGAGAAAGAGCACACCAACACGCGCGCGCACCAGAAAAAAGUUGAAAAGAAAAGUGUAAGUGAGAGGAAGGGAGAGCGAGAGAGAGAGAGAGAGAGAGAGAGAGAGAGAGAGAGGCGCGGGGAGGUAGACGAUGAAAAAUUGAGAGCUUGGCUCGUCGUCGGCGAGCGCGAAGGCGAGUGCGAGAGUGAGGAAUCGAUAGUUCGGUACGACAACGGCGACGACGACGACGACGGCUGCGGCGGCAGCGGCGGCAGCGGCGGCGGCGGUGUCUGCGGCGACAGCGCUGAGGUGCCUCGCUGCGGAGGAGCUUUUCCGACGGCUGGCCGAAAAUAGUCGUCGCCUAAUUACGCGCUUGAGCGAGGAACGCCGACGCUGUCUCGUGGCGAACGCGCCAUGGCCGUGAGGUGGUGGCUCGAGCUGCUGGCCGCGGCUCCGCGACAGAGCGCAGCAGCGCGGACGAGCGGCGUCAGCGCGAUGACAACAACGGCGACACGAGGGGCAGUCGUAGCAGCAGUGCCACGCAACUGGCCAGCUGCGAGCAGUAGCGGCGACAGCAGCUAGUUCGCCACGACGGAGGCGAGCAAGCUGGCAUGCAGAGGCUGCGCUCAACCUUCAAGAGGUCGCGCACGCCGACCGGCGCCGAGAUGAAGUCGCAGUCGAGCCUCGAGGUACCGAAGCAAGUGCGCUCAGCCUCCUUCGACGAGAUCCAGCUGGAGGCCCAGCGGCAGGAGGCCGAGCUCAAGCACAUCGCCAGCAUCGCCAUGGCCACCAGCAGCAGUCUGGCCGCGGCGCACCAGCAGACUUCCUCCUCGUCCUCCUCCUACUCGCCGGCGCGCCAGAACAGCAACGCCUCGGCGAGCAAGCUCAACACCCUGCGCAUACCGCAGCUGCAGACCGGCCAGCGGUCCAAGAGCCUAGACGUGGGCGACCGCAGCAGCCAGGACCCGCGGGCGCCCAGCUUGCUGGACAGGUCGGCGUCCACCGCCGCGGCGAGCGCCUCCCGCUGGCGCGGCAGCAACGCCGAGCGCGACAAUCCGCCGGCGCAGGCCUACAGCUGCUGGCACUGUGUCUGCGUGGACGAGUACAAGGCGUCGUUGGCGGGCACCGACUCCUGGGAGGACGACGAGGACGAGGACGAGGACCAGGACGACGACCAGGACGCCGACGACGAGCUGGAGCGCAGCCACGAGACGCUGCUCACCGUCGACGCGCCCGCCCACCACGAGCGGCUGCCGGUCCACGUGGAUCAGGAGAGCAGCUGCUACUUCGUGGUCGUGCAGCCGGCCCUCGCCUCCUCGCCGUUGCUGCAUCAGCAGGAGCAGGACAGCAACGAGGACGAGGCGGCGCUGAGCGACUGCUCGCGGCGCGAGGGCAGUCCGGAGAUACGGGUCACGCUCACCACCGCGCGGACCGCCUCCGAGAAGACCAGCACCGACCUCGACUCGCCCGAGGGCAGCGAGCUGCCGGCGCAGCUGCUGCCCGACAACCGCCAGCGCCGUAGGUCGCUGUCCCGACAAGAGGCCCUGCCCGAGCUGCCGGCCAUUCUCGGCAUCCACGUCGCCGACGAGGCGGCCCCCGCUGCCGCUACCGCUGCCGCUGCCGCUGCCGCCUCCAGUCCCGAGGACGACGACGACGACGAGGACGACACUGACCGAGCUUGCAGUGCCGCCAGUGUCGAGAACCAAGCGGCGCAGCUGGUCGUGCGAGAUAUCUUUCUCACGGUGCCGGAUCUCAAGAGGGACCGAGCUGCGUCCGUUGACUCGUGCUUCAAUCAGAAUAAGAACGGCAAGAUCGAGACCUGCUACUCGCUGCAGGUGCCGCAGCAAAGUGCCAGGUCCAAGAGCGUCGACAUCGUUCUGCCUACCGAGAUUCAAUGCCGUUAUACCGCUUUGCUACCCGAGGACGCCAGGCAAUUCAGCGAGAAGGAGGAUACUGGUCCGAGCCAAAGAGAGCCGAGAUCGACACCGGAUUGGGGCGAGCAUGCUUUGAAUGGAGAACAUCUCUGGGUUCCCACUGCUGCCUCCGGCGAGUUUUGUUACGUCAAUGAUUGCUCGAAACACGGAUCUCGACUGAAGUGUUCAGCUUGCCGAGUAGUCGCCCAUGCAGCAUGCACUCUAACGUUGAAUUUUGCCUGCAAGCCAACAUUCCGCGACGUUGGUGUGCGUCAAUAUCGCGAGCAAAAGAUCACCAAUCACCAUUGGGUACAUCGUCGCUCACAAAAAGGCAAAUGCUCCAAUUGCUACAAAUCCUUUCAGUCGAAGCUCAGCUUCUCCUCCAAAGAGAUAAUCGCCGUGAGCUGUAGCUGGUGCAAGAGCGCCUAUCACAACCGCGAAUCCUGCUACAAUGCCCAGCGCGUUGGCGAAGCUUGUGAGUUGGGCUUGCACGCGUGCAUUAUCGUGCCACCGUCGUGGAUUGUGAAGCUACCAAAACGGGGCAAUUUCAAGAGUAGCUUGCGAAAGAGCCCGAAGAAGAAACGAAACCAACCGAAAAAGAGCAAGGAGGAGAACGAAAAGGAAGAUCCGUGCAAGAUGUGGGUUGUUAAGCCAAUACCAACGAGCAGCGUGACACCUUGUCUCGUUUUCAUCAAUCCCAAGUCUGGUGGUAACCAGGGUGCCAAACUACUGCAAAAGUUCCAGUGGCUGCUCAAUCCACGUCAGGUCUUCGAUCUCACCCAGGGUGGACCGAAAAUGGGACUGGAGCUAUUCAAGAAAGUGCCGAACCUACGGAUACUCGCCUGUGGUGGCGACGGUACGGUCGGUUGGGUAUUAUCAGUGCUAGAUCAAAUCGGUGUCACACCGGCACCAGCCGUCGGGACAUUACCACUUGGUACUGGUAACGAUCUGGCAAGAGCAUUGGGUUGGGGCGGUGGUUACACGGAUGAGCCAAUCGGCAAGAUUCUGGUGAGUUUAGCCGAGAGCGAAAUCACCAUUUUGGACAGAUGGAAAUUGGAAGUGGAAAGAAAUCCCGAGGCUGCCGGUAACGACGAGGAUGUGUCCAAAGGCAAGGAAAGCUUACCGCUCAACGUGGUCAACAACUACUUUAGUAUGGGCGUGGACGCGCAUAUCGCUCUCGAGUUCCACGAGGCCAGAGAGGCUCAUCCCGAACGAUUUAACUCGAGGUUGCGCAACAAGAUGUUUUACGGUCAAAUGGGUGGUAAAGAUUUGGUAGUGCGUCGAUGGAAAGAUCUCUCGGAAUUCGUCACAUUAGAGUGCGACGGGCAAGACAUGACGGCUAAAUUGAAGGAGCAUCGUGUACACGCGAUACUGUUUCUCAAUAUCGCGUCAUAUGGCGGCGGCACGCAUCCGUGGGGCGGUGGUAUUGGACGUGAACCAACCACAGAGGAUGGCUUGAUCGAAGUCGUCGGCUUGACCACGUAUCAGUUGCCAUUGCUGCAAGCUGGUGGACACGGUACUAGUAUCGCCCAGUGUAGUACUGCUACUAUCACCACCACAAGGACUAUACCUAUGCAGGUAGACGGAGAGGCGUGUCGACUGCUACCCUCAAUCAUCAAAUUGAGCCUAUUGAACAAAGCGACAAUGUUGUCAAAACGACGAAAUCCUGGCAAGCCAAUGCAGAAGACUCAAGAAUUGGAGAGGCUGAAGUUGCCACUGAUGAGGAUUCGCAUGGUCGAUUACGAGAACUUCCACUCUGACAAAGAAAGACUGACUAAGACUGCCACCCAAUGGGCCACUGAACCGCUCGAGCUUGACGCUGCCAUGGAUCUCGAGUCGCUUAGGAAACAACUUGCUAAGGAGUAUCCCAUGGAUAGUUGCUGCUUUCUCGAUUCUUGCACGGCGGAACGGUUUUUCCGAAUCGACCGAGCACAGGAGCAGUUGCAUUACGUCACGGAUGUCGUAAGCGAGGCCAUCUACGUGCUUCAGGAAGGUCCUGCAAGCCAAAACUCGCAAACUCAGCAGUCUACUGAUAAUCAAUCAUCCAGAGUCGACCGGCGCAAAACAUCCGCAGAAAAGAAGGCGACGCCGGCGACCAGUGCACACUCGACGGAGGGCAACAACAACAUCAGCAACCGAUACGAGUCUCGCGAUGAGCAACAGCAACAGCCUCAGGCAAAGUCGCGCCAGCAGUCCAAGCGUUCUGACAACUACCUCAAUUACGAGGAUACAAGGCAACACGCUGCUGGUGGUACUUCGACCAAAGUUGGCUCCACUUCGUCCAAACAUCAUUCCCAACAUUCGCAUGCAUCGACCGACCCACCGGCGCAUCUUCAUCACCCGGAUCCACCUGCUUUCAUCAGCCCCCGUGACAGACUGUUUGGUUUGAGUUCGGAAGUGCACGUAUUCAGCACGGAGCUGUUGGAGAAGACGUCGGAUGGCAUUUUGCGCGCCGCUAAAGUUGGCGAUUUGAACGGCUUGAAGCAAUUGCACUCGCGUGGCUACUCGUUAUUGUCGAUCGAUGCCACUGGUCAAACUGGACUGCAUAUUGCAUCACGUCUCGGCCAUAAGGAUAUCGUCAGGUAUCUCAUCGCUUGCGCUCCACCCUCUAUACUCAACAUCGUCGACAAUGACAAGGGUCAGACAGCGCUGCACAAAGCAGCGCAACAAAAACGCCGAUCGAUCUGCUGCAUGCUGGUGGCCGGUGGGGCCAAGCUCACCGUGCGGGACCGCAACGGCAACACACCCCGGGAGUUGGCGCUGCAAGCCGAGGAUCGCGACCUUGCCGCCUAUCUUCACAGCCAAGAGCAAUUCCAACUGGUGACGGAGGACAUGGACAACGUGGCAUGACGCCGCGAUGAGUACGCGUAACGAGACUACGACGAUCAUGGUAGGAGUGGUGGUGGUGGUGGUGACGUUGAUGGUGGUAGUGGGCGCAAUUCGAUGAACGUACUCCCACCUUUUUAAAGCUGAAGAACACGUCGCAAGCCUUGAUCCAACUUAUAAUAAUACAUACACACAUUCUCUCUCUCUCUCUCUCCCUCUCUCUCACAUACAUACACGCGCGCGCGCGCGCGUUCUUCCCAGAGCAAAGCUGUUGCAAGCGAGGAAACAUCAACGAGAAUAUAUAUCUUCUUUAUUUUUUCCACCUCUUGUUCAAGAAUAUUCACCGGUAUAACUCACACAUUCGAAUCACAUAUAUUUCUUGAUUGUACCGUCGUUAUAAUACAAAGUAAUUUCGAGUUUGAACGAUUCAACUUACUAAAAUAAAAAAUAAGGUUAUAUACAUUAGUGAGCAGGGAAGAGAUAUCUUAAAGGAGUGUAUAGAAUCAAUUUAAUCAACAAUCCUACAACGGAUUUCAAUAUAUCUUGUAAUUCUCGAGCUAAGAAAGAAAGAAGAACGGCAUAGAAUGACAUUUCGACGUGUUUAUAAUAUUAUUACUAUUUCAAAAAGUAAGGUUACACACACAUACACAUAUGUAUAUGUAUAUUAUUAACUAACGUACGAGUGUGUAAGUAAAAGUGUCGAGUAGUAAAAAAAUCAUGAAAUGAAAGUCUGGAUAAAGAGAUUAGCAAACAAAAAGUAUAUGAAAAAUAAGAAUAGGAAAACACUCGACUAAAUGAUGAGGAACAUAAACAAUUAAAUUUAUUACAUUUAUUAUGAUAAUUAUAAUAGUAAUAAUCGAACAAAUUCCUUUGUAAUUGUGCGUCGGUGACGCCAUCGUUUUAUGGAUGUUCCGUACCAAUCCAAAUAUAAUGACACAUCGCUACCUUUAAAAAAGCAACAAAUGGGCAUGAGUAGUUUUUUAAACUAAUUGGGAUAUCUUAUUGAAUCAAAAAAAAAGAAUAAAGUAAAGGAGGGACGAAAUUCAAAUGUCAAUUUGUAUUUGUUGUAAAAAAAAACGAAAAUUCGAUUUGAAAUUGGAUACUAGCCCUACAAACGAGACGGUUAUUUUCUUAAAAAAAGUAAAAGAAAAAAAAAACACAAAUUGGAGUGGCAACCUAAAAAUGAGAUAAACGGACAUAGGUGUUUAUUUCAGUACCAAUAUGAAAAAGAGGGAUCAACGUACGAACACCAAUUAGCUAUUAGAAGCGGUCUAUCGCUGAAACUAUACUAUUAUACUGCUAUUGUUAUAUAUACACAUAUAAGUAUAAUCUAAUCUAUCGUAAUAUCGACUCUAUGAUUAGGUCGUGUUUAAGCCUACUCGAAGAGUCUGUUUUUUGGCAAACGCGCGCGAUGCUGUAAGAUGAGAAUGGUCCGCGUGAUAUUAUUAUUAUUAUUAUUGCGUAAUAGCUACACGACACAUUCUUCCACCUAUAAAAUUUCUUGGUUUUCUUCCUUUUUUCCGUGUGUCGUUAAUGUACAGAUAUAGAAGGGAGCAAUUGUUGUAAGUACGUUCUUUUGUUCGUACAACUGUGUAGCUAUACAUCGUCAUGUAAGACAAAGUAACUUACUGCAGAUUGUUAGGUAUCGUAUAAUGUUGAGCAAGGAGCAUUAAUGUACAUUUUUUCCGGAGAGACACAAAAAAUAUUUCCUACAUUCUUUAAACCUGUAUUUUUACCGGUUCUUUCUUAAAUUAAAUUCGAAUUUUCAUGAAUAACGAACAAAAUAAAAAAGUAUUUUUCAAGCGAAAACUAAUCAAAUUUUAUCAGAUUUUACUAAGUACAGUAUUAAUCACUUUACGCUACUUUAAUUCCAUAUCAUUAUUAACGUAAGAUAUGAGACCGAUCAAAUUUGAAAUUUAUCGGGGGUUAAUAUUUUAAAGAUUUAUAAUUAUCAAAGAUUUAAAGUCGUACAAAAUACACCAACAAAAAAAAUAAUCGUUGUUACCUUGAUACAUUUUAUACUAUCACUACAAUCUAGAAGAACAAAUCUGACUUGAAAAGUUUAAGAAUAAAAGUUUAAAAAUAAAAGUUUAAAAAUAAAAAAUUUUACGACAAAAAGUAUUUAAAAAAAUGUUAUUACUUAUAACGAAACAUUUAAAUGGCUUUUUUUACAAACCACAAUUAUAUAUCGAAUCUGACAAUCUCCACGAAUAAGUUCUUCUUUCUAAAAUGAAAAAUAAAGAAAAAAAGACAAAAAAGUAACAAUCGUCGCGCUUCUUUUUACAAUGGCCGUACGGUAUAUAUAUAUAUAUUUAAUAAGAUUAAGUAUCUUAGCCGAUUACAUAUGUAUAUUGCAUGCAUGCCUAUAUACAUACGACACACACAACUCUAGUUAAAUUACAAUUACGUCAAUCGUUUAAAUGAAUUAGCAAGAGCCAAGGCACUAAAAAGGAUUAUCGACGACGAAUCGAAUACUCGUAUUCGAUUCGUCGUCAUUAAAAAAAAUUGACGAAUAGAAAAAUAAUAUUCCUAAGUACGCUAAUAUAUACAAAACUACAGAAAAAGUAUAAGUAAAUAAAUAUAAAUAAAAGAAUAAAAUAAUGCCUUGUAAGGUUCAACAGCAAACUACGCGAACGAAAGCAUAUCGGCUAUCGUGCGUACAAGUCGAAAGCACGUUAUAAUAGAGGAUAUUUAGGGAUGCGAGUAUAUUGCGUGGGAUAGUAGCGGGAGCAAGAAGUUCUAGUAUAGAAAUGCGCGCUAUAAAUAUAAAUCUACGUGUGUGCAUUGUCGGAACACAACAUUGCCUUCCUCUCAGAUUUUAGAGAGCGAGACGUUGGCCUGCUGCGCGCCAUCGGCGCAUAAAUAUACAACGUAUAUAAGUAUAUAUCUCUUUAUGAUUUAACGUUUUUGGAGCAAUAAUAAUUCGGAGGACAAUCAAUUUGAAAUGAGGGAAGGCCACCAUACGCGAGCAGGUCGGCGUCGUUCUCUCUCGUAAGUAUCUCUUUCACGCUGUAAUAUGGCGUCUGUCGUUGAGAUUUUCAUUGAUUAUAUAAGAUAAAUAUUACAUAUAAUAAAUACACUUGUAUGUACGUUGUCUAAUGGUAGAUUAUACGGAAGAUGAAUGAUACGACGCAUCACACAGGCGUUGCAACGAAAAGUUUUUGUGUCUUUGAUUUGACGAACUCUUGAUGUAUUCGCGCGUGUUUUUAGGACAAAACGAAUUCUAAAUAUAAAGAAGCUUUAUCUCUAAUUUGGGCCAGUAUCUUAAAGUACACAACGAUGAUUGUUGGCGUAAGCCCCUCGCUUUUUCGAGAAAAAAGUCUAUUGUAAAUAAAACAAAUGAAGGGUAAAGAAUGAAAAAUUCACGCUGCUCGCGAACACUUCACCUACUCAUACGAUACCCGUUCGCGACAACAAGAAUUCCAUAAAUCGAUAAAGGCAUAUAGGGCAAAGUACUAACGUAUGUACAAUGAACACUUAUUUCUCUUUAUUCUUUGGCUCUCUACGAUUGAAUUAUUGUCGUUGGCUAAUUAGGUAUAUACGCAGCCGUACUAAUCGAGUGAUUUAAAUAUAGAUCGCGCACGGUCGAAAUUUAAACAAGUCUUUAGGCAAAUCAAGUCUUAGGAUUAAUGUACCUUGAGUGAUCAUAUAUCCUUAUGCUCAUUUCGAUUAUUAAACUCUUAAUGAAUUUAGAUGGCCUCCGUACACGUGGAUUAACUUCGAACUAUAAAUUUAUAUUUUAGGUACCUUUGACCUGCUCCUCGUAAAGAAAGUAGUCGUCAAACCGCUUUAAAAAGUUUUUUUUCAAACAUUGUUCUUUCUUCCACUUAAUGUUAGUUUAUAAAUGUCGCUGAUAGACACUCAUUCCUCUGCUGAGCAUUUUUUUUUAUUUUGUAUAUUUAUGCUGAUGAUAUUUUAAUACUUACACCGCGAUGUGUACAUCUGACUUUGCGUCAUAAUAACGUAAUGAGAGUUUCCAAUAAAGUUGAUCUAUACAUUUUGUUAAUAUCAUUAUAGCGACUGUUAGCUAUUAGAGUGUGUAUAAUAAUAAUAGUAAUACAAGGGACGAGGAAAAACAAUCUUAUGUUAUGUAUAGGGAGUUUGUAAAUGAUACAACACGAAGUCGUUAGUAAAUGUUACAUGCAAAAAAACUUCCUAAUGUAACAAUGUAAAGUGUUAGAUCUUUUUAAAUAUUCUUAAUUUCUUAUAUUUAUCAUCUUAACUAACUUAACAUCCACUGUGAUAUUUACCUUUACUUUAUUGCUUUUCGAAUUUCGUUGGAGCUCGCUCAGAAUCAAAACAGACUUCGGUUAUUUUGCGAAAUAUAGAAAAGUGAAAAAGGAAAACAUAAUACGAGUGGUUGUGAAAAAUUUUAAAGUAAACAAUUAUAGACAGCCAUGAGUAAAUAGGUGGAGCGAGUUCCUAAUGUUAAAACGUGAGAAAGACAGCAAUUUUUACGUAAAACUUCAACAGAUAAACACCAAAGUAUUAAAAGACGAAAACAAGUAGCAAAGUAUAUUAAAGAAAAAAAAAAAAAAAAGAAAGCGUCGAAAGAACCAUGUUUAUUCGUACUACGGUACUGACGCAAAUCUUCUGUGCAAAGAGCUAAAAAAAAGUAACAGUAACACAAGCUUAUUCGGUACAUGCGUACGUAUCUUCCUUAAGAAAUUAAUUUACCAUUGCUGUUUGUAUGUACUAUAAUCUUUUUAGAAAGCGCGAAUCUUAAUUUUUUUGACAAACGGACGAAAAAAAAAGAAUUUAUUCACAAUAUAUCUUGCCAUCAUUAUAACUAAAUGAAUACAUUUUUGUAACAGUUCCCUAUUGUAUAUAAACAUGAGUCGAAAACAAUUAGAGUUAUCAAACUAUAUUACUGGAGAAGAUAUAAAAGAAAAUAAAUAUGAACCUUUCAGGAAAAUUACUUUCCUCGUGAAAUCUUUGUUCUUCCACGUUCGGUAUUCUUUUAUAAUGAAAAAAUUGCGUUCUGACGCAGAGACAUGUGCUUUCUUCCCGUGUGAUAUGAUUACUUCUGACAUGUAAUGUAAUGAGCUAUGCGAUCUAUCCCUUCGCAACGAAUCAUUUUUUUUAUCCAGUUCGAAUAUUGUUGAUAUAGGUUUAUCUGUCAUUAUAUAAUUUUCUUCUUAGUAAGACUGUAAGUAUCAAAAUUAUCAUUGUUAUAUUGUUGUUACCUCUGUUAUUUAAGAUCACUCCUGAUAUCUACUUGAGUUAUUAAUGCUGUAUAAGUUUUUUCUCAUAUUAAUGUUUUCGAUUCUCCUCCUACACAUUAUGAAAUUCAGCGUGUUUAUGUGUAUGAUACGUAAAAACUUCUCUUUAUAUAUUUGUUUAUUUACUAAGAGUUACAAUUACUAGUCAAAAAAUCAAGUGUAAAGAAUAUCAAAUGUUGUUGAUUUAAGGGGCUGCUAAUGCAUAAAAUAAAUGUAUGAAAACAAAAAUUUCUUUCAAUAAAUUUCAACGAAGCCCUUUGUUCUCUGAUUCCAACAGUUUCCAUUGUAUCUAAAUAAUAUAAGGCACUCAAAGAGAAUGGCUAUAAAUUAUUGAAUAUCGUACAUACUACUUAUUUUAUAUGUUAUUCUUUAGAUGAAAUACAACGAAAUCCUUAAUGUAUAGUAUCUGAGACUGCUAAUUAUUCUAAAUUUUACUAUUCUUUCGACUUAUGAUGUAUGGUAUAUUAUAUAUAUUUUUCAAAAUUCUUUUAUAGAGAUAGAAGUGCGAAUUUUUCGUUCUUAUUGGUCGAAUCGCUUGGGCGUAUUGUGUUUGUAGCCCCUUAACACUUUGAAAAUAUCAUGAAAAAAGGAGUAAGUUUAAGCUUAAUAUUGCUGCAAGCAUCGUCGUUAUAUUAUUGUAGUGUAAGAACUGACUAUUUUAAUAUAAAUCAUUCUCACUACAAAGGAAUUUGUACAGUAGCUGAGAAAAAAUGUUCGAGCGAGAUAUUGAUUGAGUAGAAAGAUAAAGUAAUCAAGAAAAAAAACCACUUAACUCUCCUCAUUUAAAAAUUACAAAUAAUUAUGAUGAAAAUACAAAAUAUAACGAAGAAAAAUAUGUGAUUUGGUAAUAAUUAAUUAUCAUAUCUUAUUUGAAAGCUGCAGUAAUAUACGACAGCGGCACAGGACCAAUAAAAUUGUUAAAAACAAAACGGUGUUGAAUUUCAUAAAAAAAAAAGUUUAGAGAGCCAAUCUAUUUAUUAAUUAAAUAACAUACUUUUUAAGCACCUCUCGGUAAGUUUCGCUACCAAACAAUCAUCUAUGAUAAUAGUACUUAUAUUUUAAUAUAAUAUCCUGAAAAUUUUGACGUCGUUCAGACAAUUCUUACCGAGUUGUGCAAGAAUAUAGCAUUAUGUUUAAAGGAGAUGUCACACACAAUCUAAACUUUAUUGUAAUUCAUAACAGUAAUUCAAUCAUUAUAUCAUUUCCUCGAUAAAGGCAAAGGUAAAAUGAUUUUACUUUCUAGAUUUAAUUUUAUGACAAAUAAAGCACUUUACUACAGCAGUUUC